AUGGCUACCGUCAACAUUCGCCGGGAUAUCUCCGAUCCCUUCUACCGCUACAAGAUGGAGAAGCUGCAGUCCAAGAUUGAGGGCAAGGGCAACGGUAUCAAGACCGUCAUUGUCAACCUCAACUCGGUCGCCCAGUCACUCAGCCGUCCUCCUGCCUAUGUGAUCAAGUACUUCGGUUUUGAACUCGGUGCCCAGGCCAACGCCAAGCCGACUGACGACCGUUGGAUCAUCAACGGUGCCCACGAUGCCAACAAGCUCCAGGACUACCUGGAUGGAUUCAUCACCAAGUUCGUGCUCUGCAAGAAGUGCAAGAACCCCGAGACCGAUGUUAUCAUCAAGGAUGAGCGGAUCACUCUCGACUGCAAGGCCUGUGGCCAGCGUUGCGACGCCGACCCCCGCCUGAAGCUGAGCACCUUCAUUGUCCGCAACAACCCCAAGGGCGGCAAGAAGGAAAAGAAGGACAAGAAGGCCCGCCGCGAGGCCAAGAAGGAGAAGCAGAACAACGGCGAGGAUGUCAGCCCCGGUGAUAGCAACAACUCCGAGGACGGCGAAGAUAAUGGCGAUGAGGCCCUUGAGGCCGGUAGUGACGAUGAGCUCGUCCGCCAGGCCAAGAACCUCCAGCUGGAGCAGGAAAUCAAGGAUGAUGACUGGGCUGUUGACGUGUCUGAGGAGGCCGUCAAGGCUCGCGCCAAGGAUCUCCCCGAUGACCUUAAGCGCGCUGUCGUCAUUGAGGACGCUGACGGUGAUGAAGCCGAUGGCCCUUCAUCCUACGAGCAACUAGGUAGCUGGAUCAUCGAGACCGCCGAACAGAAGGGUAGCGUUACCGAGGUCGAAGACAUUGAGAUUUACAAGAAGGCCAAGGAGUUUGGCAUCGAGUCCAAGCACAAGACUCUCACUGUUCUGGCCCAGAGCAUCUUCGACGAGAAGAUCGUCAAGCAGAUUGAGGCCCGUGCUCCCCUUCUCAAGAAGAUGAUCACUUCGGACCGCCACGAGAAGGCCUUCCUGGGCGGUACUGAGCGCUUUGUCGGCCAGGAUCACCCGGCCCUGAUCCCCCAGAUUCCCGCCAUCCUUCUUGGCUACUACCAGAACGACCUUGUGUCUGAGGAAGCCCUCAAGGCCUGGGGCGCCAAGGCUAGCAAGAAGUUUGUUGACAUCUCUGUCAGCAAGAAGAUUCGCAAGGCUGCCCAGCCCUUCCUGGAGUGGCUCGAGAAUGCGGAGAGCGAGGACGAGAGCGAGGAAGACAGCGAGUAG